AUGUCAGUAACCCUUCACACAACCUUGGGCGACCUCAAGAUUGAGGUCUUUUGCGAAAGCGUGCCCAAAACCGCAGAGAACUUCCUCGCCCUCUGCGCCUCCAACUACUACGACCACUCCCCUUUCCACCGCCUCAUCCCCACCUUCAUGGUCCAGACCGGCGCCCCCGCCCACCCCUCCCCGCCCGACAACCCCAAGGGCGGCCGGUCCAUCUACGGCGGCACCUUUGGCGACGAGAUCCGGCCCGGGCUGCGGCACUCGGCGCGCGGCACCGUCAGCAUGGCGAACAAGGGGCCCGGCACGAACGGCAGCCAGUUCUUUGUGCUGUUCGGCGCGGCGCCCCACCUCGACGGCCAGAACACCGUAUUCGGCCGCCUCGUCGGCGACGACAGCCUGGCCACCCUCGCCGCCCUCGAGGCCCUCGAGGUCGACAGGAAGCACAGGCCCAAGAAGCAGGUCCGCAUUGAGAGCGUCACCGUCCACGCGAACCCGCUCGCCGGCUGA